UGGUUGAAGUUUACGGUUAUGCCUUCAUUCCGCAUUCAACUGGUCUUUAGGCAAGUUACUCACUUUUCCAUUUCUCAGUUUUUAGCACAUUCGGUAAACGAUACUCCCUGAUUUAUUUUCACCCUUUUGGGAUAUACUGCAGUCGAUUCUUCCUACCGGCCCCGAUCAUGUCUCGCCAAAUCCUCCUUAUUGCCAUUGCUGUCCUUUCGUGCAUCGCCGUCGUCACCGCGAUCCGCUGUUAUGAAUGUAACGGAUCUGGCUGCAUUAACCCGACAGCAGAUCUACAGAAAGAUUGUGGAACCAGUGAAAACGUUUGCUAUCGGACAGUCGGCACUGCGGCUGGAGCGACUGUUGCGGCUCGGGGGUGCGGUAAAGUUCCCAGUCCUGGUGGAGAUGGCCUCGGAGUUAAUGAGUGCAAGGAUACGCCUAUCCAAGGCAUCACAACCAGCGUGUGCAACUGUAACACGCGAGAUUUCUGCAAUGCCGCCGGCCAUAACCAGAUCUCACUCUUCACCGCUGGCAUUUCCGUUAUCUUCGCCAUUGUUCUGGCGAAAAUGAUCUAAAGCCGGAGCAAACGGAGCCAUCUGUGUCGGUGAGGUUUUGCCAUUGACCGAUUAGGUUUGUUUGCUAACGACGAUCGAAAUGUUUGUUGAUUUGAGCUCAACGCUGCUGUGCAUCUCUCAUACUUUGACCAUCACAUGCCGAUUUUCCUUGGGUGCUGUUUUUGUAAUGGUGCAUGGUAGUGGGAUUCUGAUAUUUAAUCGUGUUCCAUGACUGUGCUUCUGUAUGUCCCAUUGGCCUUCCGCCAGGAUCAAAGCGUUCGCUGCUAAUACUGUUUUAUUGAUCUUCCUCCACAUUCGUCUCCGAUUUAAUCCGUUUUUGAUCUGCUUCGGAUCUGCGUUUAACUUUGUCAAUGUGAAUAAACAGUAAACAUACUCUCGCUUGG